GUGCGCCAUGGCCGGGGCGGCGGCGGCGCUGACGGGGGUGCGCACCGAGGGCGCGGGGCCGCCCGGCGGGACCCCCCCCCCGCCCCGCCGCCGGGGGCUGCUGGCGGGACCGCGCCCCGGGGCCGCCCCCCGCCCCGCCGGGCCCCCGCGCUGCUGCCGUCGCCGCCUGCAGAACUGCCUGUACAACGUGCUGGAGCGGCCCCGCGGGUGGGCCUUCGUCUACCACGUCUUCAUAUUCCUCCUCGUCUUCAGCUGCCUGGUGCUGUCGGUCUUCUCCACCAUCCAGGAGCACCAGAAAUUGGCCAACCAGUGCCUCUUCAUCCUGGAGUUCGUCAUGAUCGUGGUGUUCGGCAUGGAGUACAUCAUCCGCAUCUGGGCAGCCGGCUGCUGCUGCCGCUACCGGGGCUGGAGGGGACGCUUCCGCUUUGCCAGGAAACCCUUCUGUGUUAUAGAUUUCAUUGUCUUCAUCGCCUCGGUGGCCGUCAUCGCCGCCGGCACCCAGGGCAACAUCUUCGCCACCUCGGCGCUGCGCAGCAUGCGCUUCCUGCAGAUCCUGCGCAUGGUGCGCAUGGACCGUCGCGGCGGCACCUGGAAGCUGCUGGGCUCCGUCGUCUACGCCCACAGCAAGGAGCUCAUCACCGCCUGGUACAUCGGCUUCCUGGUGCUCAUCUUCGCCUCCUUCCUCGUCUACCUGGCUGAGAAGGAUGCCAAUGCCCAGUUUGCCACCUACGCCGACUCCCUGUGGUGGGGCACGGUCACCCUCACCACCAUCGGCUACGGGGACAAGACGCCGCAGACGUGGCUGGGACGGAUGCUGGCGGCUGGCUUCGCCCUGCUCGGCAUCUCCUUCUUCGCGCUGCCCGCCGGGAUCCUGGGCUCCGGCUUCGCCCUCAAAGUGCAGGAGCAGCAUCGGCAGAAGCACUUUGAGAAGAGGCGGACUCCGGCGGCGAACCUGAUCCAGGCUGCCUGGCGCCUGUACUCGACGGACAUCAGCCGGGCGUACCUGACGGCCACGUGGUGUUACUACGACAGCCUCCUGCCCUCCUUCAGAGAGCUGGUCCUAAUGUUUGAGCAUUUGCACCGAGUCCGCAACGGAGGAUUUAGGAAUUCAGAGGUGAAAAAAUUGCCCGACGGAGCCCCACCGCCUUAUCACUCCUUCACCCCUGGCCAGAAAAGCAUCAGCCCUGCCGCUUGUUCAGGGGAAAGCAACAAGAUGGGCAUCAAGGACCGCAUCCGGCUGAGCAGCUCGCAGCGGCAGGGCAGCCGGGGCAGGCAGCACCUGGGGCCCCCCCUGCACCGCUCCCCCAGCACCGAGGACAUCCCCGAGGCCUCCAGCCCCACCAAGGUGCAGAAGAGCUGGAGCUUCAAUGACCGGACCCGGUUCCGUGCAUCCCUGAGGCUCAAGCCACGGACCCCGGUCGAGGCCGACUGCCUGCCGGAGGACAGCGGUGAGGAGAAGAGCUCCCACUGUGACCUGACCUUCGAGGACGUCAUGCCAGCGGUGAAGACCCUCAUCCGGGCUGUCAGGAUCCUGAAGUUCCUGGUGGCCAAGAGGAAGUUCAAGGAGACCUUGCGUCCUUACGAUGUCAAGGACGUCAUCGAGCAGUACUCGGCCGGCCACCUGGACAUGCUGGGCAGGAUCAAGAGCCUGCAGAUGCGCGUGGACCAGAUCGUGGGCAGGGGGGCCCUCACCGCGGACAAGAAGACGCGGGAGAAGGGGGAGAAGCCGGCGCUGGAGACGGAGCUGGUGGACGAGCUCAGCAUGAUGGGUCGCGUGGUCAAAGUGGAGAGGCAGGUGCAGUCCAUCGAGCACAAGCUGGACCUGCUGCUCGGCCUCUACUCCCAGUGCCUCCGCAAGGGCUCCACGAACUCCUUCAGCCUGGCCGCUGUGCAGGUGCCCCCCUGCGAGCCCGACAUCACCUCCGACUACCACAGCCCCGUGGACCACGAGGACAUCUCGGUCUCUGCCCAGACCCUGAACAUCUCCAGGUCGGCCAGCGCCAACAUGGACUGAGCAGGGGGGCAGCGGGACGGAUCCUGCCAGCACGCAGCCAGCGGGAUGGGAUGCCGGGAUGUGGGAGCAGCGUGGCAUCGCCCAGCCCCGUCUAGCCACGUCCCUCGCCCCGUUACUUGAAACGAGUCUUCCUUUGCGGGGGCAUGGCUGCAGCAGGGUGCCUGCUCUGGGGAUACGAUGGGAGCCCGUGGCACUGCGGGAUGCUCCUGCCCUUCUUGGGGGGGUGAGACCCCCCCCAGCUCCUGGGGCCUCAAGUGCUCCCCAGCCAUGGCAGGGACCCCCCAGCCCUCAGGAGAUGUCCAGGUCCCCAGUAGGGUCCUGCCUGGUGCCCCGGAGCCGAGCCGGGGCCACCACCAGCUAUGCAAGGCUCCAUCUCCCUCCCGCUGCUGGUGCUGAGCAGGGGCGUUGGGGCACAACCCGGUGUGGUUCUACCUGUGUCGCUCCGGGUCAGGGCAGCGUUGGGGGCCCCCCCGGGCAGGGGAGCAGGGGUCUGUCCCCCCUCACCCUCCUCUGCCUGGGUCGUUUCCCUGCUUGCAGGGCUGCAGCACUGCAGCUGAGGCUGCACCUCUAGAAGCACAGCAGAGCCUUCUGCCUGCCCGUGCAUGCUCCCAGGGCAAUAUAUAUAUAGGAGAGAGAGAGAUAUAUUAAUGCAAUAAUGUCUUAAUAUGCAACACCCCCGGGAAGAGCAACCCGUGGGGACAUAGGCAAUAAGCAAACCACCCUACCAGCACACAGGGCUGGAUCCUGCUGCCCGUGGGAACCCGCCUGGGUGACAAACCCCUGCCCAAGGGUGGCCCUGUGGUCACGGGGCUGGGCAGGGGCUGCGGGGAACAGAGGGAUGCAGGCACAGGCGAUGGGAGCAGUGGUCCCCGAGGAGCAUCCCUCCCUCUCGUGUCCCAGCCCCUGCACUUGCUUAGAGGAUUCCUUCCCUGCUGGGUCCUGUGGUGCUCAGUUUGUCCCUCCCUAUGUCCUCGUCCCCUCUGUGGCCUGGGGAGCAUGGACAGGGCCCGGGGGGUGCCUGCCCGGUGGGGACAGGGCAGCCUUGGCCAUGCCUCCUUGCAUGCCACUCGCGGCAGAGCCACAGCAGCUCCCGCGCUGCCCCGCUCCCGUUUGCUGCCCCGACCCCAGCCCUGGGUCCGGUUUCCAGUCCCGCAGCGCUGAGCUGAGCCAGGCUGGAAGCAAUCGUGGUAGUGCCAAAGUCUGCCGAGCCGGGGCUGGCGCCUGCUCCCAUGUAGCCAGGGGUCCCGGGGGUCUCGGUGCCCUGUGGGGCUUGGCAGCGACUCCUGUGUGGCCACGGUGCUGGGAUCUGACCUGGGCUGGUGGGGACCCACCGCGCCCCUCGCUGCCGCAUGGCCCCUCGCCGGGCUUCGGACCGUGGGAUUCGCGCUUCUCCUUCCCAAGCCCCCCAACGUGUCCGCUCCCGGCAGCGGGGACCCCCGACCCUGCUCGUUUUUCUUGCCUCGUUAGUGCAUGUGGCCAGCGUCACUCCCGGGCUCCCCCCUGCUCCUGCAGCACCCCGGCCCCCUCCCCUCGCCCCGGGGGUGCCUGCGCCCCCGGGUGGGUACCACGGGUGGGCAGGCAGCGGGUGGUGCGUGGGUGCCGUGGGUGCCCUGCCACGGGGCGAGGGUGCAUGCGAGAGCUUUGCCCGCAGCCGCACGCAGGA